AACGAACAUAGAAACAAACCAUCUCACAACUCUCUCUAACAUCUCAACAAAACUAUGGCCCUUUACCACUUCUCUCUCACCCUCCUCUUCUCCCUCACCCUCCUCACCACACCCACCCUCUCCCUCUCCGAACCCGACCCGAAUCCCAUCCCCACCGUCUACGACCUCCUCCCCAAAUACGGCCUCCCGAGCGGUCUCCUACCCGAUUCCGUCACCAACUUCACCCUCUCCGACGACGGCCGCUUCGUCGUCUACCUUCCCAAGCCCUGCACCAUCGAGUUCGACUACCUCGUCUACUACGAGACGACCAUAUCGGGACGAAUCGGUUACGGCUCCAUCACCGACCUCAAGGGGAUUCAGGUGAAGCGGUUCUUUGUUUGGUUCGAUGUAGAUGAGAUCAAGGUUGAUCUGCCUCCGAAUGAUUCCAUCUACUUCAAGGUUGGGUUUAUCAACAAGAAGCUUGAUAUUGAUCAGUUCAAGACUGUUCGUUCUUGUGGGGAUGAUGGUGUUUCUGGAUCUUGUGGUGGUUCUUGGAUGAGUUUUCUUCAGAUUCCAGGAGUGAUGAAUGAAGCUGAGAUGCUGAUCACCGAGUAAAAGUACUCUCAACAAUCACCACAACACCACGAAGAUGGAGUUUAGUGUCAGUCAACCUUUGUACAAAUACGUUCGGUACUAGCCAAGUCUUUAUAAAGAUUUGGUCAAGAAAUGUCAAAUAUUUUCCUUCAUGUAAGUCUUGUUAAAACUCUGUUCCACGAAACAUGCUCUAUCUAUACUACAUGAACUAAAUGUUCCAUAGUUUCAAUCCUCACCACCAAAGUAGACUGCCUCCGUUCAAGUUACCUAUUGACUCAUGUAUAUGGAAUAACCGAGUGGAAUAUGCAUUCUAUAACAUGAUACAACAAUUCAAAUAUAAUCAUCGGACAUAGAUCUAACAACACGUUACAAGACGACAGUAAAUGACCGACUCUCUCCCUUUCAUAUGGCCAUGUGAUAUCCAUUACUUUAGACUUGUUCCUCAUUUAGACAAGUUUACUUCGGCGUUUAAGUCACAAGACGACAGUAGAAUAUAACCUUAUUCUACGAAGUGGCCACGUAAACCCC